AUGGAUAUAGCCCAGUGGACGUCUCGCUCAAAUAAAAAGAAAGCAAAGAAGUUGUUUGCCGGGGCGCUGGACCGAUUAGAUCAAGAUGCUGUCGAUGUUUGUGAGGUCGUGUUCGAUCUCACGUCAAAGCUUAGCCUGGAAGACGGAGACGAUGGAGAGUGUGGGCCUGGCACGCAUUCAACUCCGUCUUCUUCGGGAAAGGACCACCAUGAUGCAGAAAUGACCACAGUGGAUUACUUUGAUGAAGCUACAGGGGACAUCAUUUCUGUACCACAAGGAAAUGGCCAAAUCCAAAGAGCUCUCUGCUUUGAUUUAGGCAACAAAGAAAGAAGAAAGGAAAGGCGGCGAAGGGCACGAGAAGACUUAAAAAACGGUGUCGGAGAUGCCAAAAUUUUGAGUGAAGAUUAUUGCGAGAGCACUAGCGAAGAAGAGGAUGAACGGAUACAAAUGCGGGAAGAUGAAAGGUUUUCGCAGCCUCCAUUGCUACGGAUCAUGGAUUCCAAGAACAAUCUCCACGUUGUCACUAUUUGUGGCGGAGUCGUAGGAAGACAGUCCGGAUGUGAUAUUCUUGUCGACGAUCCAUCUAUUUCGAGGGUCAGUUCGAAACUGCUCGAAUUUGUGUUUGUUCCGGAAAGUAAUUCAUUUGUUGUGAACAAGCUUUCCGACAAAGGGCAUGUUAUGUUGAAUGAUUACGAAUUGUUGGCAAACGAUGAGCGAGAGAUUGAGCAUGGUGAUAUACUGAGAUUUGGCAAGGAAUUUUUACGGGUCCACGUCCAUUUCGGUAACAAUACUUGUCCUGGGUGCGAGCAGGGACUUUUGACGCCUGAAACAACCGCAGUGUCACAGUCAGUGACCGUUCCUCAUGGAGAAACGGCGCGACGGCGAAAUAUGAAAGCGCUCAAAGCUAUGUAUGGAAUCAACGAUUACGCAGAAAGUGCUCGGACUCCAUCUUACGGACCAGAUCGUGCUGCUAAGAGGCGGCGACUUGUUGGUUCGGAAAUUGACGUAAACAAGGAUGGAAGUAUCGCUGAUCCAAACAAUAUUUACGCUGGGUGUGCUGCUAAACCUGUGCCAGGUGCCGUUGUUGUGUCGAAGUUGGAUUCAGUUAAGCCGCUCAACGAAGCCAAUAAAGGCUUCCGUCUGCUUCAAAGUAUGGGAUGGAAAGAGGGCGAAGGAUUAGGAAAGGACGGCACAGGACGUCAGGCACCGGUAUGUUCCUUGAUAAAUUUUUCUAGAUGCUU